GACUCUGUCCUUUCCGAACAACUAGCUGAAAGGAGUACAGCUCUGGCGGUCAGGCACCUGAACGAAAGACAAAAUAAAGAAGCCCCAAAUAAAGUCAAACAAAGGGAACUAAAACAAACCGAGAAUGCCCGCCAAUAAGGAAGGCGACGGAGGUUGGAAGACGUUUCUGUGGAAUUCUGAAAAAAAGGAAUUUUUAGGACGUACCGGCGGCAGUUGGUUUAAAAUCUUCAUCUUUUAUGUAAUCUUCUAUGGCUGCUUGGCUGGAAUUUUCAUUGGCACCAUCCAGGCGAUGCUCAUGACCCUUAGCAACUACAAGCCCACGUACCAGGACAGAGUUGCACCCCCAGGUUUAUCACACACCCCACGCUCCGACAAAUCUGAGAUCUCCUACAUCUUGGGUGAGGAAGACAGUUAUAGGGACUAUACAAAAGCCAUGAAAGAACUGCUGGAGCCAUACAAAGACGAGAAGCAGGUGGACGACUCGAAAUAUGACGACUGCGGUGAUGCUCCUGGAAAAUACAUUGAACGUGGGGACUUGGAGAGUGACACAGGCGUAAGAAAGGCCUGCCGCUUCAAGAGGUCCUGGCUGGGAGACUGCUCAGGCCUGGAGGACACCAGCUUUGGCUUUAAGGCUGGCAAGCCCUGCCUCAUUGUCAAGCUCAACAGGAUUGUCAAUUUCAGACCCAGGCCUCCUAAAACCAAUACCUCGCUCCCUGUGGUUGCUGGUGGGAAGAUUCCACAAUUUUUGAUUCCUGUAUACUGCAGCAGCAAGAAAGAAGAAGAUGCUGACAAACUCAGAGAGGUUAAGUACUUUGGCUUGGGCCAGGGAUACCCACUGCAGUACUAUCCUUACUAUGGCAAGCUGCUACACCCCCAUUACCUCCAGCCUCUUGUGGGCAUCCAGUUCACCAACAUUAGCAUAAACCAGGAGCUGCGUGUUGAGUGCAAAGUAUACGGAGAAAACAUUGAUUACAGCGAUAAAGACCGUUAUCAGGGACGUUUUGACCUCAAAAUCAUGAUCAAAUCAUGACCACAGCUAUGAAAAUAGCACUUUUACUCUGCCCAUUUCAAAACGUAAUAAUUUAGACAGAUGAAAAUGAAAAAAAAUAAAAGUUCAAUUAAAAAAAAAAAAA